AAAUAAAAAAAACCAGCCUAUUUAUAUUCUAGAUCAUUCCAUCUCCGUUGUAAUAAUAAAGCAAACUGCAAUAAUACCUUUCUCAUUCCCUUCCUAUCAACAACCAAAUUGAUUUGUAAUGGAAGUUAUUUCGCCAUGUGCUCCGAUGAUGUCAACCUUGAAUCCCGACGCUCCGAUGUACGUUCCGACGGCAUACAGGGCGGUUGAGGACUUUUCCGAUGAGUGGUGGUCACUCGUACACUCUUCUCCUUGGUUCCACGACUACUGGCUGCAAGAACGAUUCGUCGAUCCCCAAACUGAUCUAUUCGACGAUCAAGAUGAUGAUGAUGAAUCCUCAUUCGCUGAACUUGAUUGUUUCUUCGACUUUAACUCCAUCAUCAACCAGGAAGAGGAUGAUGAUGAUAACUUACAGAGAGAUCUUGUUUCUUUGAAGAAUCGUCGAAAGGUUAGAUCUGCGAUUGAGGCGCCGAAAUACAAUCAGAAGCCGGCGAAGAUUGUGAACGUGAAACUGAGUCCGAGGCCGAUUCAGCAACCGCGCUAGAGAGAGAUAUAUAAGGAAGUAAGUCCGAGGCCGAUUCAGAUCUUGACGACUAGCAUGAAAAUUACAGAGAUAGAGAUGGGAGUUUAAUGAAUGAGAUUCUUCUUCUUCUUUCUGAUUGUUUUUGUUGUUGAACUUCUUUAGUAGUAGUUGUUGGAGUUUAUCAUGUACAGUGAAUCUCCAAUUCUCCUUUUAACUUUCGGUUUUAUCUCCAUAUCAUCAUCAUCAUCUCUGUAAAUCGCUUACAACGUUAAAUAAAAUGCCAAAUAUUAGCAGUA